AUGGCUAAGCCAAUUCCUUGCCUACUCUCCUUUGCUGACGAGAACAACAGAGUUAUAGUAGAGCACGCCUGCAACAAAAUCUUCGAUCGACCGCAAGUGAUGAUGCGCGAUCGAGAGUAUGUCAAACGAAAGCUGAGAGAUUUGGUAAAAGAAGGCAAAGAGAGAUUGAUGGUCAUCUCCGACUUUGACUACACCCUGUCGCGAUUCGAAGACGCUCAUGGAGGCCGAUGUUGGACCACUCAUAAUGUGUUCGACUACUGCACCAGGGAAUUUGAUCCAAAACUUGCGGCUAAGUUCAAAUUACUCUGGGACAAAUACUUCCCUAUA